AUGCUGUCCCCCUGUCACCUGUCGUGGCGGGUGAAGUACGCCAGCCUGGGCGUGCUGGUGCUGCAGAACGCGUCGCUGGUGCUCAGCAUCCGCUACGUGCGCACCCUGCCCGGAGAGCGCUUCCUGCCCACCACCGCCGUGGUGAUGGCCGAGGCCAUGAAGGGCAGCGCCUGCCUGCUGCUGCUGCUGAUCCAGCACCGGGGCAGCGUGCGGCAGACGGCGGUGACGCUGCACGAGGCCGUGGUGGGACAGUUUGGGGACACGCUGCGCCUGGCCGUGCCCUCGCUCAUCUACACCCUGCAGAACAACCUGCAGUACGUGGCCAUCUCCAACCUGCCCGCCGCCACCUUCCAGGUGACGUACCAGCUGAAGAUCCUGACCACGGCGCUGUUCUCGGUGCUGCUGCUGGGCACGGCGCUGUCGCGCCUGCAGUGGCUCUCGCUGGCGCUGCUCUUCGCCGGCGUGGCGCUGGUGCAGGCCGAGCAGGCGCGGGCCGUGCCGCCGGCGGGCGCGGCGGCGCCGUCGCCGGGCCCCGAGGCGGCGCCGGUGCAGAGCUACGCCGUGGGGCUGGCGGCCGUGGCCGCGUCCUGCCUGUCCUCGGGCUUCGCCGGCGUCUACUUCGAGCGGCUGCUGAAGCGCUCGGGCGGCUCCAUCUGGCUGCGCAACGUGCAGCUGGGCGCCGUGGGCACGGCCGUGGGGCUGGGCGCCAUGCUGGCCGCCGAGGGCCCGGCCGUGGCCGCGCUCGGCUUCUUCUACGGCUACAACGGCGCCGUCUGGGCCGUGGUGGUCAACCAGGCGGCCGGCGGGCUGCUGGUGGCCGUGGUGGUGCGCUACGCCGACAACAUCCUCAAGGGCUUCGCCACGGCGCUCUCCAUCCUGGCCUCCACCGCCGCCUCGGCGCACCUCUUCGGCUUCCGGCCCCGCGCGCCCUUCCUGGCCGGCACCGCCAUGGUGCUGGCCGCCGUGGUGCUCUACGGCCGGCCCCGCGGCGCCCGGCCCGGCGCCCAGCCCGGCGCCCUGCCCGGCGCCCUGCCCGGUGCCCGGCCCGGCGCCCGCGGCCAGGACGGUGGCAAGUCUCCCAGCAAGGACAAAGGAACCUGACGGCUCCGAGCGCCCCCGGCACCUAUAGACACCAUAUGGCCACACCCCCCUGGCACCUAUAGGGACUGCCCUGGUACCUAUAGACACCAUAUGGCCACCCCCCUCUCUGGGGGCUAUAGGGACCCCCCCGGUCCCUAUAGGGCCAUAUGGACCCCCCGGUCCCUAUGGGCAACUGAGGCACACUCCUGGUCCCAUAGGAGCUGCCCGGGCGCUAUAGGGACCCCCAAGGUCUCUAUACGUUCCUCGCAGCUUCUAUACGUUCCCAGCAGUUUUUAUACAUUCCCCGCGGUCUCUAUAGGAUCCCUGAAGUUUCUAUAGGUUCCCCGCGGUUUCUGUACAUUCCCCUCAGACUCUAUAGGGUUCCCGGCGGUCUCUAUAGGGUUCCCCAUGGUUUCUAUAGGUUCCCCAUGGUUUCUAUAGGUUCCCCAUGGUUUCUAUACGUUCCCCACGGUUUCUAUACGUUCCCCGCGGUUUCGGGGCUGAAUGAAGCGAACUUUGCCCCAA